AUGCGGGCAGGGAUGCAGGCAGGGGUGCAGGCAGCGGGUGAGAUGGUGGUGUGGGUUGGGGGUGCAGGGUUGGAGUGUGGGGUGCAGCAAACAUGGUCUCCAAACGCACUAAAAAUAGUUGGGCUGCGUACAAACCCCGCGGCAGCCCCGGGCCGGCAGCCGCCGAACAAAGACAGCGAGAAGCCGGCGGCACCGGCUGCCUCCCACUCCCCCAGCCCCACCACCGGCACCGUGGGGCAAGUGUGGCCAUCCCAGGAGGGGACAUGCAGGAACCACGAUAGCCCCCGCGCCGGGGCAUCCCCUCGCCGAUGCGGAUGGCUUGGUGGCGGCAGCGGCGAUGGCGGGGACAGACCCUCGUCCGGCGCUCGCUUGCUUGUUCGCCGCCGAAGCGCGGGGAGGGACUCGCCGCGUUCCCUCCUGCCUCCCUAUUUAACUGCUCGGGCUGACCUUACGGCUGACGGUGAGCGGGGGAACCGGCAGCCCCAACCCGCGCCGUGCCGCUCCCGCACGGCAGGGCCCCGGCGAGUCACGCUCGCCGCGCGGCAGAGGCGUUCCAAACCCCCCUGCGGCGUGGGUGCUGCUGGCAGGGGCAACUGGGGACAGGGUGGGCGUCCCUCGGGUCCCAAAAUUGAGCUGAGCAGCGGCAGCUCCCCUGCGAUCGCCUCCGACAGAUGGUUGCGCCGAAACCACCACUGCGGGCAAAGUGUUGACCUCAUCCCCCAUGCUGCAGGGAGCCGCACCUCGCUGCUGGCCUGGCCUGCUCAGGGACGGGCGAAGGGCAUCCGCUGGCACGGCCAGGCGGGAUGCGGGCACCCGCCGUUGCAGCCGGCUCCUGCCACCGCGCACUCGGUGCAGCAAUGCAAGCACCGAACGCCAAUCCCGCGGGGGGAGAUCGGGGCAAACCUCACAACUUUGGGCAGCUGGACCCCCGGGGCAGCUCUGCCGCUGCUGCUUCUGCUGCUGCCGCCGCCGCCCGGGGGAAGGCAGCGCCGGGCCGGGGGCUGCGGGAAGCGGCCCUGCACCACGGCGGGGGCAGCCUUGGCGGCAGUAGCCCCGCGGGGUCUCGCCCCGGGGGUCUCCGGUGCCUUGCGAUGGGCCGGGGCAGGGACACACGUCCUCGGCGGUGACACUCCCGGGCGGCCUCGCAGCCGAGAGCGGGCCGGGCCGGGGCCCCGCGCUGCCCUUCAGCCGCCCGGCGCGGCGCUCAAGGACACGGCGGCGCCGCGGGGGCCGGGCCCGCCGGGCCGCGCCGAGCCGAGCCGAGCCGAGCCACCCGCCCGCCAAGCGGGGCCGGGCCGGGAGCGGGGGUGGCCGCGGGGACCGGGGGGGGGGCGAGGCGGGCCCGGCCCGACGGGUGGCGGCCCGGCCGCUGCCAUGUUUUCCUGCUCUGCGCUGCGCCCCCCGGCCCGGCCCCGCCGCAGCCCCCGCCCGCCGCCGCGAUGCCCCUGGGGUCGUGGGGGGACGGGGAACACAGGGACACACGGGACGGGUCCGAGGCUGGGGCGUCCGCGGGGGAUGCGGGCCGCCCGCCGGGCUGUGCGGGACGGGCCGGAGGAAGCCGAACCGAACCGAACCGAGCCCAGGCGAACGCAGCCGAACCGAGCCGAACAGAGGCGAACCGAGCCGAGUCAUGCCGAACCGAGCCGAGUCUUCCCGAGCCGAGGCAGGGGCUGCCGAGCGGGGGGUGUCCCAUCCCGGGGGUCCGCGGAGGCCACCCGUGUCCGCGCCGCCGCGGGGCCGUUACCUGGGCCGGUGCGGGCCCGGCGCGCCGUGCCGAGCCGUGCCGAGCCGUGCCGAGCCGCCGCCGCUGCGCUGCCCGGCGAGGCCUCCUCCCGCAGCGCCGCCGCCUCCACUGCAGCACCGAGCCGCGCCGCCCGCCGCCCGCCCGCCGCGCGGUCCUAG